AUGGGAGAAUCUCCCGAGAAGAUGAAAAACGAAGCCGUAAAGAUAAUCGAAACAUUCCAAGUUCUACCAAAACUAGUUGUUUUCGAUCUCGAUUACACUCUCUGGCCAUUCUACUGCGAAUGUCGAUCCAAACGCGAAUCCCCUUCUCUCUAUCCCCACGCCAUGGGAAUCUUGUUAGCUCUCAAACACAAGGGAAUCGACAUUGCCGUCGCUUCUCGAUCGCCAACCGCAGAUAUUGCGAAGGCUUUCCUCAACAAAUUGGGAAUCACAUCAUUCUUUGUUGCUCAGGAAAUAUAUUCUAGUUGGAGUCAUAAAACGGAUCAUUUUCAGAGGAUUCAUUCAACUACUGGAAUUUCGUUUCAGGAUAUGCUCUUUUUUGAUGAUGAGAAUAGGAACAUCCAAGCGGUCUCUAAAAUGGGAGUAACUAGCAUUUUGGUUGAUAAUGGAGUAAAUCUUGGAGCUUUGUCUCAAGGUCUUGCACAGUUUUCACGAAACUGGAAUACAUCACAGAAGAACAAGCAGAAAUGGCUUUCCAACUAUUCUAAAAAGCCAGAUUCUUCCAACCCCGCCCCAUCAAAUUCAACAUCCAACCUCCAACACAACAUGCAACACAAACUUCUCUGUAAAUUUUCUAUCGAGGCCAACUUCACUCUCAGCACUUUGGUAAGGGUACAAGAACAAUCCUCCAAUAACAGGUGUUCUGUGUGGGUGUUGAUGCAAGCCAUAACAUAUGCAGAUUUGAUUUUUAUGGGGUUGAAGAAUAUGGACUUCUUUUUAAAAGUUGUCAACCAAUAUUGGUGA